AUGAAGGGGAGAGGUCUCUCGAUUGAGCUCCUCACUAAUCUUGAUAACUACAGCCAUUUUCAGCUCCCCUCUCCCCCCCAGACCGGCAGGGGUGAUCUCUGUCCAUCCAUGGGAGAAAAUCCUGAUUUAAUAGCAUCACAGGGUGAAUCAAUGCAGGCUGCAGGAAUACUUAACGAGUCAAUCAAGAUGGCGGACGACCUGUGGACCGUCUUGCCCAGGCUGGACAAAAUACUUUAUUUCUGGCAACGUCUUAAAAGCAGGAUGCAUCCACCUGCCUCCGUCAAUCACUCAACUAAACAGAGGAUCCCUACAACGCAACAGCAGUCCACAGCUCCUGCAGAAAACUGGGCCCCAACAUGGCGGCAUGGCAAUGAGAACCCAUUGCGGCUACGCAGUAUGAAAAAGGGCGCUGCCCUCUUUUGA